CGCCCUCUCGUGCUCUCUCGCCCAUGUAGACACAAACACGAGCGGCAGGUAGGUAGGGAGCUGUGUUUGUGUUUUCUGGCAUGGUUAUUUCUGUUGAUUUAAAGUUCAGCUAAUGUAAAAACAAGAACUCGGGGGCUAAAGGAAGAAUUAAUCCGUCAUUAGGAUGUGGAUCAGUCCGGAGGAGGUGCUGCUCGCUAACGCGCUGUGGGUGAGUGAGAGGGCCAAUCCCUUCUUCAUCCUGCAGCGGAGGAAGGGACACGGCAAAGGAGGAGGCAUCACCGGUCUUCUGGUUGGGACUCUGGAUGUUGUGUUAGACUCCAGCGCUCGUGUGGCUCCGUAUCGAAUCCUUCACCAGACGGGAGACUCGCAGAUCUUCUGGAGCAUUGCCUGUGGCUCAUCACGCAAGGAGAUAACAGAGCACUGGGAAUGGCUGGAGGCUAAUUUACUGCAGACUCUCUCCAUUUUUGACAACGAUGAGGACAUCACCACUUUUGUCAAAGGCAAGAUUCAGGGCAUUAUUGCUGAGGAGAAUAAGAGCCGUCAAACACAAGAAGACGAGGAUUGCGGGAAGUUUCGGGAGGCAGAGCUGAAGAUGCGGAAGCUGUUUGGGAUGCCUGAGGAGGAGAAACUGGUGAACUAUUACUCGUGCAGCUACUGGAAGGGUAGAGUGCCACGUCAGGGCUGGCUCUACCUCUCUGUCAAUCACCUGUGCUUCUACUCCUUCCUACUUGGAAAAGAGGUGACAUUGAUAGUGCAGUGGACAGAUGUGACUCAGUUAGAUAAGAAUGCUACGCUGUUAUUCCCCGAGAGUGUACGUGUGAGCACACGGGACACGGAGCACUACUUCUCCAUGUUCCUCAACAUCAAUGACACAUUUAAACUGAUGGAGCAGCUGGCUAACAUCGCCAUGAGGCAGUUGCUUGAUAACGAGGGCUUCUCCGCAGACCACUCGCUCCCAAAACCCUGCAAGACGCUCAAAAAUGUUUCUGCACUCAAAAGGGACCUGGACGCACGAGCAAAAAACGAGAGAUACCGAGCUCUGUUCCGUCUGACGAAGGAGGAACGGCUAGACGGUCACACAGACUGCACUUUGUGGACGCCCUUCGCUAAGAUGCAUGUAGUUGGACAGAUGUUUGUCUCCAACAAUUACAUCUGUUUCGCCAGCAGAGAGGAGGACCUGUGUCAACUCAUCAUACCGCUUAGAGAGGUGUCUAUAGUAGAGAAAGCUGACAGCAGCAGUGUUUUGCCUAGUCCUCUCUCCAUCAGCACUAAAAACAAGAUGACCUUCCUGUUUGCCAACCUCAAAGAUCGUGACUUCCUUGUUCAGCGGAUCUCCGACUUCCUACAGCGAACGCCUGAUAGACUCUGUAGCACGACAGGACAAUCUGAGAGUCCAAGUCCCAGCACCCCUCCUUCCCUCCCUUCAAUGCCGCUGGUGCUGGGGUCAUGUGAGAAUACUCAGGAUCGCUACUACAGCUCCAGCCUCCCUACAGCCAAGCAGGGUCUGCUCCACAUCUACCAGAAGGGCCGUCCUGAAGACCUGGGACCCAAAGCGGUGUCUAUAAUAGAGAAAGCUGACAGCAGCAGUGUUUUGCCCAGUACAAAUCAACAGACAAAAGAGAAGAUGAAGGAAGAAUCCUGGAAUAUCCAUUUCUUUGAGUUUGGACGAGGCGUGUGCAUGUACCGCACGUCUAAGACACGAGACCUGGUCCUGAAAGGGAUUCCUGAGAGUCUGAGAGGAGAGCUGUGGUUACUGUUUUCAGGUGCUCAGAACGAGAUGGUGACUCACCCAGGUUACUAUGCGGAGCUGGUGGAGCAGGCCAUGGGCAGGUGUACUUUAGCUACAGAGGAGAUUGAGAGAGACUUGCAUCGCUCAAUGCCUGAGCACCAUGCUUUUCAGAAUGAGAUGGGCAUCGCUGCUCUUCGACGAGUACUCACUGCAUAUGCAUACCGCAACCCAGGCAUUGGCUACUGCCAGGCUAUGAAUAUAGUAACAUCUGUGUUGUUGCUGUACUGUACUGAAGAGGAGGCUUUCUGGUUGCUGGUGGCUUUGUGUGAACGGAUGCUGCCAGAUUAUUACAACACCAGAGUUGUAGGAGCUCUGGUGGAUCAGGGUGUGUUUGAGGAGCUGACACGGGAGUGUUUGCCACUGCUGUACGAGCACAUGCAGGAGCUGGGUGUGAUCUCCACCAUCUCUUUGUCCUGGUUCCUCACACUCUUCCUGUCCGUCAUGCCGUUUGACAGUGCUGUGCUGCUGGUGGAUUGCUUCUUCUACGAGGGAAUCAAAGUCAUCUUUCAGGUGUCAUUAGCUGUGCUACACGCUAACAUGGAGAAGUUGUUGAACUGCACAGAUGAGGGAGAAGCCAUGACCAUACUCGGAAGGUAUCUGGAUAACGUAGUAAACAAACAGACAGUCUCUCCGCCCAUCCCCCACCUACACGCCCUGUUAACCAGUGGAGAUGAGCCGCCACCGGAGAUUGACGUAUUUGAUCUCAUUAAGACGUCCUACGAUAAGUUUGGAAGUCUGCGUGCUGAUGUCAUUGAGCAGAUGAGGUUCAAACAGCGGUUAAAGGUCAUUCAAUCUUUAGAGGAUACAGCUAAGAGGAGUGUGGUGAGGGCCAUCAUGACCGACUCAGCCUUCGGUAUUGAAGAGCUGGAGGAGCUGUAUGUUCUGUUCAAGGCCAAGCACAUCAUGAGCUGCUACUGGGGGGCGAGUAGCUCUGCAGCUGAUCGUCAUGACCCGAGUUUACCCUAUCUGGAGCAGUACCGGAUCGACUGUGGACAGUUCAGUCAGCUCUUCUCAGCUUUGGCACCUUGGUGCUGUGGCAUGCACACUACCACACUCUCUGCCCGCUUAUUUCGCCUGCUUGACCAAAACAAGGACUCCCUCAUCAACUUUAAAGAGUUCGUCACAGGCCUGAGUGGAAUGUAUCAUGGUGAUAUGACUGAGAAACUGAAGCUGCUGUAUAAACUACACCUGCCUCCAGCUUUGUGUCCAGAAGAGGCGGAGUCUGCACUUGAGGCCACUCAGUUCUUUACUGAUGAUGACACACCGCAGGGUGAGGAGGUGAAGGAGGUAGCAGAUACAGGAGGAGAUUCUGAAGAGAAGAAAGACGAAAAAGUCAAGGACUAUAAAUAUUACUUGAGAAUGUGGGCUAAGGAAAGGGAGCCCAAGAAAGAGACCAUCAAAGAUCUGCCUAGAAUGAACCAGGAGCAGUUUAUUGAGCUGUGCAAGACGCUUUAUAAUAUGUUCAGUGAGGACCCUCAUGAGCAGGAGCUCUAUCAUGCCAUUGCUACGGUGGCCAGCUUAUUACUGCGCAUUGGAGAAGUGGGCAAGAAGUUUACCAACAACGGAGGCAAAAAGUGUGACACACUGGCUCAGCCAGUGUUGGAGACUCCAGGAAAGGAGGACAGUUUUGGAGAGCCAGGAUAUGCGCAGUCCCUGGUGUCGAAAGCCCUAGCAGAGGCUCAACUGGAGACUCCUCCAGCUAACGGGUCAGACGAAGAUGUGAAGGACGAUACGUCCAUUUCAUCCUACUCUGUGGUCAGCGCCGGCUCUCUGCAGUGCGAAGACAUCGCAGACGAUACAGUUCUGAUCGGAUGUGGAAUAGGUGGAGCUGGAGGUGGGAAUGACAGUAGGCGUGGCAGUGCGCCUGAUGGUGAUUGGUCGAUCUCGUUUGAGCAGGUCCUUGCAUCAUUGCUGACCGAACCAGCUCUGGUAAACUACUUUGAAAAGAAGCACGACAUCAGGAACAAGAUGGCUGCCUGUAAGGCUCAGAGGGCUGUAGAAAGACAGAUCAGUUCGUCCAGCGACCAUGAGCUCGCUCAACUCUCCACCUGAGGUUUAAGCUCACGGCUGCCACUAAUGUUCAUAUUCACUAUUAUUCAGAGAUCUGACUCUAAUUAUCACUAGUACAUUAAUGAUCACACACUCAUUCUCACCACUUUUAGAACGUACUGCAAAGCGUAUAAGCGUACAUGUCUGCACUUUUGCUCAUGUGGCCUUUGUCCUUCCAGGUUGAACUGGUGAACAAGUUUGUCUGCUGUUAGCAUGUUACCUGAUGGUUUUUGCUACUCUUGAAUCUGAGUCCAGCCUUCAGCCACUGCACUCAAGUUUUACGUAGACCAACAUGGCGUUUGUUGUGUUUUUGUUUACCUCUGACUAGGCGAGUGGGCAUUGUACCAGUUACUCGAGCUGUAGCUUAGCUAUCUGCACCUGCAUAUUCUUCAAUUUUGAGUCUAUUUGAAGGAUCAUUAUCACCUAAAUUAGCGUGGAAAAAAAAAAAAAGUUACCAGCACACUAUCUUGUUCAGAUAUGUAAUAGUAAACUUUACAUUAUUCUUGAUUACAUAUAGUCUUCAAAGAUAGGCUUGCACUCAGUGUCAUAUAUUCAGGCUGUGGUUUUAAAAGAAGAAGUGUCCUUUGUCAGGAAAGGGUUUGCAGAAAACCCCUAGCUAUAAAACCCUUAGUGUUUUGUUUUUGAUGGUUUAGCAUCUAUGCUCUGUGUAAAGCCUUGGUCAUCCUGUUGUGCCGAUUGUAAUUAUUUGUUAGCGGUUCAGCAGCCAGAGCCACCUUAUUAUCAUUACAAUAACAGAAGUCUUUUAGAUACUGCAAGGACUCUUACUUUAGGAUCCAUAUCCCAGCUCUUAUUUCAGCUAAAAUGACUAAAUCACUUUAGUUUUGAUAUUCUGAAAACGCUCAUAGAUCACGCAAGUACAAUCAAAAAAAUGGCUAAAUGUUAAUAUUAACUAUAGUAUCUAAAACUAUUUGGCUGCCUUUCAGUCAAGCUAAAGUUAGCUGUAAUUAGCUUCCAGGCCCUCGUUCUUCCUUCCUUGUCUAAGAUAAGUUGGCAGAGACAGAAGGACCGGGCCUUUGCUUUCCAGACAUGCAGCAUUUCUGCUAAGCAUUAUCUAAUAGUUAGUUAUAUUUCGUUGUUCAUAGCUGCAUAUUUUCUUAUAUAAAAUAUUUUAUUGCUAAAUGUAAAAAUGUUUUUACUGUCACCUAAUUCAGCUUUUGUGCCCCCUCACAGUCCAUAGCUUGCCCUAUAAUAAUUUUAAUUGCUACCUUUGUACAAAAUAAAAAGCUUUAAAUAGACUUUACUGCAGUUCACAUAUGUUUUAUAUGCCAAAAUGCGGGCCUUAAAUGCAAUUAUUAGUUCUAGAAAGCUCUACUUUAUGCUAGUGAUUAAACUCCCCAAGCCUCGUAUAAUUGAGGCUGAACUAAAAUACGCAUUCCUGAUGUACGUUACAGCUCAGAAGCAGACGUGUUCAGAAACAUCCCCGUUUUGGUUUCCAGCAUUACGCAGACAUCCGUUCAGGUGACUUUUAAAACACUAAUUCCUUCCAAUUCCAACCUUUCUUUGUCUCAAUUUCUGAUUAUUCAUGUCAAGUGCAAAAAAGAUGUCUUCUUUGCACACGUUAUGUGUUCUGCCAGACAUCUGGGCUUGCUUCAGUUUGAUCAAACCUCAUGUUUAGUUAUUUAAUCCUGCUGCAUAUCCAUUCCUCAGGUACUGUUGAGCUUUAACCGGCAGGUUGCUGAGAAGAAAUGACACGAAUACUCAUAUUUCACCAGAGCUAAAGAUACUGGACAUAUUCUGUCCAAAUAAGAGGAUGAAAAGAUUCAGAGGGCAUGAGAUGCCAUUUCAUUAUUCUGGAUCUGGGCGAGUAGGAACCAAGAAAAAAAGCACCUGCUGUAACUUGCAGUAAAAUCCUGUAAUUCUACUAAGCAUGUGUAAAUGUACAGUCCGGUCAGAUCCCUACUAUGAAACGUGUCCGUUCCGUUGCUGUGCGUGUGAAUUAUAUUGUAAAUGGCUUUCAACACAUGGAGUGAGUGCCUCGUACUAAUUUUCAUGCUUCACUGUGAAAGUAACCAGUAUCAGGCUGAAAAAAGCUUAUUAAUGCACAUUGUUGAUAUGAUUCCUCGUCCUCUUAUUUCACCCAGAGAAUUUUAAUUUGCUUCAAUUAUAUUAUAUUGCUGUCACAGUAAUUGCCUACAGUAUUUAAUCCAUACUACAUAAAGUUAUUUGCUCAUUUAAAAAUGUUUUUAAAAAAUCUCUUGUCAUUGAUCAGUACUGUAUUAUACUGUGUAAUAAAUAAACAAGUUAUGUGA